AUGUUCUUUGUCAAGGCAUUGUUUUUAAUUGACGAUUGUUCGAUCUCUUCUUCUUUCAGACAAAACCUAGAGAUUGUACAGGAAUUAGGGGAUGUGGCAUCUGUGGGACGAGCCUGUGGUAACCUCGGCAACACCUACUAUCUGUUAGGAGAUUUUCAAAAGGCUAUUCGUUACCAUGAAAGGAGAUUAGCAAUUGCUAAAGAAUUUGGAGACCGAUCAGCAGAACGGAGAGCUUACACAAAUUUGGGCAAUGCUUACAUAUUCCUUGGCGAGUUUGAGAAUGCAUCUGAACACUAUCACAAAACCUUACAGAUUGCCAAACAGCUCUCUGAUAAAGUUUUGGAAGCUCAAGCCUGUUACAGUCUGGGAAAUACCUACACCUUGUUACGGGAUCAUGAGAAAGCUAUUGAAUAUCACCUUCGCCACUUGGAAAUUGCACAGCAGUUGGCAGACAGGGUGGGAGAGGGCCGUGCCUGUUGGAGUCUGGGUAAUGCUUAUACAGCACUUGGCAGCCAUGAAAAGGCAUUGCAAUUUGCCAAGAAACACCUGGAGAUCUCCAAAGAAAUUGGUGACAAAAGUGGCCAAAUUUCUGCCCAGAUGCACUUGGCUGAUUUACGUAGCCUGCUUGGUAUUGUAGACAACAAUAAAUCCUCAUCUAAAGAACUAAAUAAAAAACCUGAGAGAAAUGGUUUAUCUGAUGCAGAUUCAGAUGGAGACAAAGACGAAGGUAAGUUUAUAACAACAUUCUUUCAUAUUUUCAUAGCCUAUUUUUUUUCCUAA